GAUGUGUGGCUCUCCCGGCGCACCCUCGAUUCCCUCGUCCCCACUCCCCUCGACGACGACAUCUUCUCCCCUCGUCGACUCUUAAACCCUCCGCACUUUCCACGAACUCCGGAACUCCGAGCCCAUCUGCAUCUCGUGCUGCCUCCGCAUGGCGUCUUCCGCCAGCUCCAUGGCCUCCGUCUCCCGGGCCCUCCGCCCGCGGCCGCGCGGCGCCGUCUGCUCGGCUUCUCGUCUCGGGUGCGGCGGGUUGGGAAUUCUGUGCUCGAUGCCAAGUUACGGGAGGGUGAAGGACAAGCACGAGUUGGGAUUGACCGUUGCGUCUGCACCAGGCACCACUGUUACUCCGGUUCUGAGGAGCCACCAAGUUUUGUGCAAGGCUGAAGUUAACAUAUCUAAUAAUCUCCCGGAGAGCUUGCCUACUGGAGCAAGCCAGUAUGAGAAAAUAGUUGAGCUGCUUACCACCCUUUUCCCUGUCUGGGUCAUACUAGGUACUAUUAUUGGCAUCUACAAGCCAUCGAUGGUUACCUGGUUGGAAACCGACCUUUUCACUGUGGGUUUAGGAUUCCUAAUGCUGUCAAUGGGACUAACAUUGACUUUCGAAGAUUUUAGGAGAUGUAUGAGGAAUCCAUGGACAGUGGGCGUGGGAUUUCUUGCACAGUAUUUGAUCAAACCUAUGUUAGGUUUUGCUGUUGCAAUGACCUUGAAGUUAUCUGCUCCUCUUGCAACUGGUCUUAUCUUGGUCUCAUGUUGCCCAGGUGGGCAAGCAUCUAAUGUUGCAACUUACAUAUCCAAGGGAAAUGUUGCACUUUCAGUUCUUAUGACCACUUGUUCGACUAUUGGUGCUAUAGUGAUGACACCACUCCUUACGAAACUCCUUGCUGGUCAACUAGUUCCUGUUGAUGCAGCAGGAUUGGCCAUCAGUACUUUCCAGGUGGUUUUAGUGCCGACUAUUGUUGGAGUAUUGGCACAUGAGUAUUUUCCCAAGUUUACUGAGCGCAUUAUCUCCAUAACACCGCUGAUAGGUGUCCUCCUCACCACUUUGCUUUGUGCUAGCCCUAUUGGGCAAGUCUCAGAAGUGUUGAAAACUCAAGGUGCUCAACUUAUUAUCCCUGUUAUGCUGCUGCAUGUUGCUGCAUUUGCAAUUGGGUACUGGUUAUCAAGAUUGUCUACCUUUGGGGAAUCAACUUCUAGGACCAUCUCAAUUGAAUGUGGGAUGCAGAGUUCUGCGCUUGGAUUUUUACUUGCCCAAAAGCACUUCACAAAUCCGCUUGUUGCUGUUCCUUCUGCUGUCAGCGUUGUGUGCAUGGCACUUGGAGGGAGUGCUCUUGCAGUUUACUGGAGAAACAAAGGGCUUCCAGCAAAUGACAAAGACGAUUUCAAGGAGUGAACAGACUCAACGUGAGCUUCUAGGUGUUAACUGGUGCUGGUGAAAAGUCGAGUGCAGUUACAUCAGAGCAUAUUCAUGUUCCCAUAUUUUAGGUAUGGAUAGGGAGGCCUAUUCUAGCGAGUUGAUUAUCAUUAGGAGUUACACUCGUUAGAUUUGUUGUGUGCCAUUUCAUCUUCAAAAUAAACUGCUUCCCUGAAUAGCAGUCAAGAAAAUUUUUAGAGCCCCUUCUACGUGAUGCAGGGGUGAGUAAUUAGAUUUCCAAGAGACUAGUUAAGUUUGUUCCCAUAGUCGGUAUGGGGAUUAAGAUUUUGGUUCUCUUGUGUUCGUGUUGAAUGCAUGACUUUCAUUUUGAGCUA